AUGCACAUAUACUCAUGUCACCUGCGACGUCCAAUAUACAGAUGCCCUAUUUGUGAUGUCUCUUCAACGUAUCACCUUUCGAACAUUCGAGUUCAUAUUAAGAAAGUCCAUCAUAUGACGAGCGAGCCCCUUUGUUACAAGGAGGAGUACGAAAACGAAAUGAACGCCUUCUUGUACAGCUGUUUCGGAGAUCAUCAGAUUUUCCGGCGACAGGACCCAGAUGUGGUAGCUUGUCUAACAGAUAUGUUGAAUUGUGUCAGUAAUGGUUCAACAGCAUGCAUGACGAUGACAGAUUUUUGCUCUCGGAGCGAUGGCCAGGAAGAACGAGUUCCGCUUGCUGC